UAACGGAGCAGCUCACUCUAAGCUCCAUAAGACGACGCUACGACGCCUGGCAAACGCAGCAAGGCAUAUUUACUUUGGACUUCUGAGCAGGGUUACAUGACAUGCCCACGCGCUAUGCCCAGAGACAACACAUUGUCGGCUCACUCGAGCGUACCCUAUAUCAACUAUAUGCCAUUUCGUUCUUUCUCUCACCGGCCUUCCUGCCCUACCUAUGUCGCACCAUGUUCCAGUUCCAGUUCGCGAGGCCGCGUGACAUUGAGCCGAGGCUAUCCUUGCGAUUUUGGUUCUUCCUUAUCUUCCUCUUCAACAUCAACAGUAUAUGGGUACAUGCGACGGAAGGCCCGGUGCAAGGACGGUCAGUUGUACUGGACUUCGUGGGACAAGCCUCACCCCCAACAAAACUACAUCUAUUGUGCAUCGAUUUUACCAUCAUCAUCCUCAACAUGGUUCUCACUACGAUCGCGUAUGAGACGUCGCUGCAGUCAGCAAUGCCAACCGAUACCCCAGAUCCGCUAUUACCCAUACCCCCGCCACCCACGUCUAGCACACCUCUGUUCUCCGCCGAUGAGGAUGACCCUCACAAAUCUGAGACACUAUACGAACCACCCUAUGUCCUAAAUCUGCGUAUUAGCCAUAUAUACCGCAGGCUCAGGAGUCCUGCGCCGCCACCACCUGAGCAAGAAUUGUCUUCGGACGACCUUCUACCAUUGCCAAAUACCACCACCCCUUGGCAUCUGACCAACACCCUUCAAGUCUUGAUUCGGGCGAGAGCACGGGCGAGACAAAGAGCGCGUACAGAAGCGGAUGCUCGGAGAGAGCGAGGCGUGGAAGACAGAGAUCGACGUACAGUCCCCGGAGGGCUGGAUCCUACGUGAUUGUUUUGAGUGUCUUGCGAUUCAUAUCUUAUUAUCUGUUUGCGAUGGUGCACCCUGCUUCUCCUUCGCGGGCAAAAGUCACCACUUGCGCUUCAUAGCUUCGCGUAGACAUGCGCCAAAUCUCGCAAACUCCUCCUUGCACGCGUCCUUCCUCAUGUCGGCAUACGUUGCCAAAAUACACCUCCCGUAGUCCGUGGCUUGUGCGGCGCAGGUGACAGUUGAAUGUAAGGCAAGCCUUUUGAGCGGCGUCGCAAUAGAGGAAGCCGCGGGGGUCGACAUGCUCGGUUCACAGAGUCCUCGGAUCUCUCCUACCG